AUUACUGUGGAAUAUCUAAGCAAAGAUCUUUUAAAGUGGAUAAAAAGCGCUGGUUUGUGCAGAGAUCAUAGUGAUGCAAUAAUGCGGUUGCUGAAACGAGGAAGCCGGCUACUGUUCCUGAAGCUCUCCAUUGGACUGGGAUCUCUGUGGAUGCUUUACCUAGCCAGUCAUCUGGACACAGACAAGGUCUCUGGAUUCACCCGCAGUCACAGCUGGCUGGAGUAUACAGACGAUGAUGGAGGCCCAGAGAAAGUGUGCAACUGUUCAGGAAUCCUGCAAAGAGACCAGGAGUCUCUGGAGCAGGCCAAACUGUUGACUUUAACCAAAACGUUCCGCAAGAGGAUUCAAAUCCCAGAUGAGUUUUAUAUUAAUGAAACCCGGGACUGCAGGAACUUCAAAUUAAGGAGGAAAUACUUAACAUUUCCACUGAGCAAAGAGGAGGAAGACUUUCCUUUGGCUUAUUCCAUGGUGGUUCAUCACAAAGUGCAGAACUUUGAACGUCUACUGCGGGCCAUCUAUGCACCUCAGAAUAUUUAUUGUGUCCACGUGGACAAAAAAUCUGCCCCUUCUGUAACAUCCGCCAUCCUGGCCAUCACUUCCUGUUUCCCCAACGUCUUCAUGGUCAGCGAGGCGGUCAGUGUUGUGUACGCUGGCUGGUCUCGUGUCCAAGCUGAUCUGAACUGUAUGGCUGACCUCUACAACGCCAGUACCAAAUGGAAAUACUUCAUCAACCUCUGUGGCCAGGACUUCCCUCUGAAAACCAACUUGGAGAUGGUUCGAAUGCUGCAGUCACUGAAGGGCAGCAACAGCCUGGAGUCAGAGAGCCUGCCUGCAGAAAAAAGAUGGAGGAUACAUUACGUUCACAAUAUUACUGAUGGGAAAAUCAAGACGACGAAAGAAUUAAAGAAACCACCUCCCUUCAACCUGCCCAUCAAGUCAGGAAGUGCCUACAUCGUGGUUACUCGAGGUUAUGUUGGCAGCGUGCUGAAAGACUCCAAAAUAAAGGAUCUUACUAACUGGUUUAAAGAUACCUACAGUCCAGAUGAGCUCAUCUGGGCAACCAUUCAGCGGAUCCCUGGUGUUCCUGGCUCAAAGUGGCCCAGCCGUAAAUACGACCAGACAGAUGUCAACGCAUUUGCACGGCUGGUGAAGUGGGCGUGGCAUGAGGGGUCACAGGAUUCAGAGUCAGCGGUGUACCCCGAGUGUCAAGGCAACCAUGUCAGGUCAAUAUGUGUGUAUGGAGCUGGAGACCUGCAGUGGCUUCUUCAAAACCACCAUUUCUUUGCCAACAAGUUUGACACAGCCACAGAUCCCAUUGCUGUCUUCUGCCUGGAGAAACAUCUCAGACAUAAAGCUCUGGCUGAGGCAGAGUAGUUGGAGACCUUUUUAUACAGCAGUAUGGAGUUUAGCAGUACAUGUGGCACAAGCCAGGCUCUUGCUCCUUAUUUAUAAUCUCAUGUUUGUCCAGAAACAAACAAACGCACAUUUACUUCUCAUUUGAGAAAGGAAAAAUAAAACAUUUACUAUCUGAGUUUUUCAUUAAGAUUGGUUGACAUUUUCAUUAUCAGCAGCUAGACUGAAUCACUGACAAAAGCACAGCUUCUUGAAAUUGGUCACAGAGUCAUCUAAACUGUGUUGCUGCAAAGUUUGAUAUUUUUGUUCAUAAUAACUUUUGGCUCAAAAUUUCAGCUCCUCUUAUUAGACAAUAGUUGAUCUUAAAGUGUGUGGAACCAUUUUCCCAAGGUCUGGUUGGAAGACUUUACACAAAAUGUGUAACAAAGCAGCAUUAAAGUAGAUGACUGGAUUACUUUUAUCUCGUGGCACCAUCUAGUGGCCGACAAGCGUAUCACACCAAGACAUUUCU